UGUGGCCUUUUCGGUCUCUGGCGGCGUGGCGGAGUUUUCUUUGUUUGAAGUGCUCUUCCUUGCUGACCCGCCUCCUCCGCCGCCAUUAUGGGCUUUGGGGACUUGAAAUCUCCCGCUGGGCUCCAUCUCCUGAACACCUUCUUGGCGGACAAGAGCUACAUCGAGGGGUAUGUCCCAUCCCAGGCAGAUGUUGCAGUGUUUGAAGCAGUUGGAGCUCCCCCUCCUGCAGAGCUGUUCCAUGCCCUCCGGUGGUACAACCACAUUAAGUCCUAUGAAAAACAAAAGGCAAGUUUGCCUGGAGUGAAGAAGGCUUUGGGGAAAUAUGGUCCUGCAGAUGUUGAAGACACAACAGGUGCCGGUGGAGACAGCAAAGACGAUGAUGAUAUUGAUCUCUUUGGCUCUGAUGAAGAGGAGGAAAGUGAAGAAGCAAAAAGAUUAAGGGAAGAGCGACUUGCUCAGUAUGAAUCAAAGAAAGCCAAAAAACCAGCACUAGUUGCCAAGUCGUCCAUUUUGUUGGAUGUGAAGCCAUGGGAUGAUGAGACGGACAUGGCCAAACUGGAAGAGUGUGUUAGAAGCAUCCAAGCUGAUGGCUUGGUUUGGGGAUCCUCCAAACUGGUUCCAGUUGGUUAUGGAAUCAAGAAGCUUCAGAUUCAGUGUGUGGUUGAAGAUGACAAAGUUGGAACUGAUAUGUUGGAAGAGAAGAUCACUGCUUUUGAAGAUUAUGUACAAUCAAUGGACGUAGCUGCUUUCAACAAAAUUUAAAUCUUCAUAACAUCAGAAAUAAAAUGACUGCAAUGUU